CGUUCUUGGUCCGCCAUCUGAUCGGGUUAAUCCCAUCAUUGGUGCUCUCAUUGAGAGAAAACUGUGAGAUAAGGCUGUGAGAUUAUGGCCGGACGAAGGACGAGACGUAACACUGCUGCUUCCGCCCAGUCGACGGUGAGGAGUGACAACCCUGAACAGGGUCCAUCCGGUACCCGGGACAUCCCUGUCGGGCAACCCCGCCAGGUCCUGCGUACUGCGAGUUCGCUUAUCCUCCAGGAGCUUCAUGAUCCGGAGGAGGUUGAGAGGGAGAGACAGGCCAUUGCCAGACGCUGGGCGGAGGAAUUGGCCCGAAAUAGUAAGGUGAAUGAAGACCGGGCCAAGGAUGCAAGCCGGAUCGUCGGCAAUAGAAACGAGAACCCGCGGGGAUCUGUCUUUGAAAGGAUAUCUCGCCAGAAGGCUCACGUUAGUGAGAGGCUGGGGAAGAAUCCGGACAAGGCACCCCAGGGUUGGAUACGACCCCAGGCUAGUCAAGUGACAUCUUCUAACCGCGAACCCCGGCAGCGAAACGGCCGUGGCGGGAGCCAAGCGCCGGUUCGGACAUUGGUGGAUUUGGAGGAGGAGGAAGUUCAAAGCCAAGCCAGGAUCCCAGCGCCACGGCGUCUGGGGCCGCUGGUACCGGAAACUGGUGAAUUCCAAGAUCUGAGGCAGCAGAUCCAGGAGAUGCAGAGGAAGAUAAACAAGGGUCGAGUAUUCAGUACCCGGACAAAUACUCCCUUGGCCCCGGAGAUCUUUGCGGAACCAUAUCCGCAGGGAUUAAAAAUGCCGUUCGUUAAGCGUUAUGAUGGGGAGUCAGAUCCCCAGGAACACAUAAACAGCUAUGUCCAGGUGAUGAUUGCCGUAGACGCCAGUGACGCACUCAUGUGCCGGUGCUUCUUGCAGACGGUUGACAGCAAGGUUGCGGAUUGGGUCAACCAUAUUCCUGCCAGGUCGAUCCGGACAUGGGAUGAAUUGGGAUUGCGGUUCCUAGAGCAUUUUGCCGGGAACUGCCGUCCCAAGAAGCAUUUCACUCACUUGGCUUCAGUGCGACAGAAGCACGGAGAGUCCUUGAAGAAUUUCCUUAUUCGAUGGAGGAAAGAGUCCAGGGAGGUUGAAGGAACCGACGACAAAUCCAGGUUGGCCAUGUUCACGGCGGCAUUACAGGAUGGACUCCUUCAUACCGAUCUUACAACUCAUCCCCCGGAUACCUUUGAAGAAGCAAUGGUCCGGGCCGGGAGGUAUGUGACCCUAGAGGAGAGAAAGGAGGAGAAGAAAGAGAAGACUCCUAAAGAAAAAGAGAAGACGGGAAAUAAGAGGCCGUUCAAAAACAAGAAGCAAGGCUUCCCGGAUGGCCCAAAGGGCACAAGUCCUGGGACCUCGGAGAAGCACAAAUCUGCCAAUCCAGUCUUCACAUUACCGGUGGCUAAGGUCAUGGCCCACGCUGCACAGCAGGGACUCAUGACUUAUCCAACCUAUUCUCAAAAGGUCUGCAAUGUGAAGGACACUGGAAAAUGGUGUGCUUACCAUCGCAAGAAUGAUCACAAUACGGAAGAUUGCUAUACUCUGAAGAAUGAGAUGGCAAGGCUAAUCCGCCGGGGUCAUCUGAAGAAGUUCGUACAAGAUGGGGAUGCGGGAAAUCCCGGGAACGCUCAGAAUGGAAAGCGCAGAGAUAUGGCCCAGACUGAGGCCCGGGAGAAGGGCCACAUUGGGCUCGAAGAUGAAGAAGAGGAUUCGGAACCCGCACCGCAUCGCCAGAAGAGACACCACGGGUGUAACUUCAUCAUUGGAGGGAAUACUGGCGGAGACUCAGCCACAAGCCGGAAAAAAUGGGCAAACGCGGCGACGGUCAACAAGGUGCUGGUCCCAGAAGGUAAGAAAUUGAAAACCGAGCCAAUUGUAUUUUCUAAUGCUGAUUUGACAGAGACAGGGGUCCCCCAUAGGGAUGCCCUGGUGAUUACUAUUGAUAUAAUGGACUUGCUGAUCCAUAAAACCUUUGUGGAUACGGGAAGUUCCAUUAAUAUCAUGUAUAUGGACACGUACAAGGCUCUUGGUUUGACAAGGGUUGAAUUAUCACCCAUCAAAACUCCACUGACCGGGUUCACUGGUGACUCUAUUGAACCGGAGGGGGUAAUAACUCUCCCAGUCGAGAUAGGGGAUACAAAGGCCACCCGGAAGUUGGACAUGGAGUUUGUGGUGGUGGGGAUAAUCUCCAACACAAACAUCAUCCUGGGCAGACCCGGAUUGGAAGAUUUAGAGUGUGUCAUCUCACCUCGUCACCUGUGCAUAAAGUUCCCAACCCCCCACGGAGUUGGAAUCGCCAGGGGAUCUCAGAGAGUGUCCCGGGCAUGCUAUUUGAAGGCAACCAAACAGCCAGUCAAGUACGAUACCCAAGUGGGAGAGGUGACUGCACAGCUCCUGAGGGCUGAGGAAAAACGUCCCAGGGUGGAAGUUGCUGGCGACAUUGAAGAAGUGGAACUAGAGCCAGGCACGCCGGGAAGGUUAGUCAGGAUUGGCAAGGGCAUGGGGGCUGAACUCAUAUCACGGGUGAUUUCAGUCCUUAGAAGAUUCAGGAGGGUCUUUGCAUGGAGUCCAGCUGAUAUGCCGGGGCUGGAUCACAAGAUUGCAGUCCAUCGCCUAAAUGUCCUGCGGGAUGCUAAACCAGUGAAGCAGAAGCGGAGGCAUUUGUCGCAGGAAAGAAGAGAUUUCGUGAAGAGGGAGGUAGCAACCUUGCAGAGCAUUGACUGUGCCAUAAGUACUGUGAUCGUGAGGGAAGAGAAUGGGGCCCAACAUCCGGUCUACUACGUCAGCAAGACCCUGAGAGAUGCGGAGUUAAGGUAUUCCCGUUCAGAGAAGGCCAUGUUAGCGAUCUUCUGGACAACGAAGAGGUUAACCCCGUACUUUCAGGCUCACCGGAUUGUUGUGCUCACGAAUGAGCCUUUGGCGUCACUUACCCGAAGCCCGGCGGCGUCUGCCUGGAUGACCAAGUGGGCAGUCUUCAUCAGUCAAUAUAACGUGGAGUUCAAACCGCGUCCGUCAAUCAAGGGGCAAGCACUCACCGACUUUCAAGUUGAGUGCACCGCUAGGGAAAUGACAAGAGCCCAGGUUGAAACCCGGGUGGAAAAUGACUGGUGGGUAAUGAGCAUCAAUGGAUCUUCUGGGGCUCGAUCUUGCGGAGCAGGUAUCGUCUUGAUCACCCCAGAAAAUUUCCGGAUUUAUUACGCUAUCAGAUUUCAGUUCCGCGUAUCCAAUAAUGAAGCUGAAUAUGAGGCCCUGAUCAACGGAUUGAAGAUUCUUAGUAAAUUGGGAGUAUCCAGGGUUCAGGUUUACAGCGACUCCCGAUUGGUGGUGGGGCAAAUCACUGGGGAGUUUGAAGCUAAGGAAGAGAGGAUGAAAAGUUAUCGAGACUCGUCCUUAGAAAUGUUGGGGAAGUUUGAGUUUAAGCUUGAACAUAUACCCCGGGCCCAGAACGCGGAGGCUGAUGUUCUAUCCAAGCUCAGCGCAGAGUCACCAGAAUACAUAAGCAAAUUAGCAACCGUCGAGGAGCUGGCAACCCCGAGUCUUAACAAAAAUGAGGUGAUCUGGGUAUCAGGUGAUCCCCCGGAGUGGCUGGACAGGUUGGCCAAAUACAUUGAGGACGGUGAAGCCACGGAGGAUCCCCGAGAAGCACGUCUGUUGCGAAUGAGGGCACCUACCUACAAGGUGCAGGAUGGAGUCCUCUAUAAGCGAUCUUAUAACGGUGUUUUACUCCGCUGCCUCCGGGUGGCAGAGGCAAAGGCACUGAUGGAAGAAAUACAUGAGGGAGUAUGUGCUGCACAUCAGUGUCCAUACUCUAUCUCUAGAAGGGCGAUUAUCCAGGGAUAUUUCUGGCCAACGAUGAGGAAGGAUUGCGAAGAGUACGUACGCAAGUGCCCAACCUGCCAACAAUUCCAGAAUAUGCCCGGGAGGCCAGCCACGAAUUACACGCCCAUCAGCUCUGUGAUUCCCUUCUCAAGAUGGGGGAUUGAUAUUGUGGGAGCCCUGCCGAGAGGAGCUGGGCAGGCAAGAUGGAUUGUGGUGGGGAUAGACUAUUUCACCAAGUGGGUGGAAGCUGGGCCUCUUGCUGGGAUAACUGGAAGGCAGAUGAUCGACUUCGUCGGAACGAAUAUACUCUGCAGGUUUGGAGUCCCGAAGCAGAUCAUAUCCGACAAUGGAACCCAGUUUGAGGAAGCGGAGUUCCAAGACUUCCUCAAAACCUGGGGAAUUCAGCAUACAAAAGUGUCUGUUGCCUACCCUCAGGCUAAUGGACAAGUGGAGAACGUCAACAGGACAAUCAUAGACGGAAUAAAGAAGAAGUUGCUUUCAGAGGGGAGCAAAUGAGUGGAUGAACUACCCAGAAUCCUGUGGACAUAUAGGACGACUCCAAGAAGAGCUACGGGUGACACUCCUUUCGGCUUAGCUUAUGGUUUU